CCUAAAUAAAACGGUGCUGCAGACCCUCUGAGAUGAUAAAGCAAGGGAGAGGGAGAGCAGCUCAAUUGUAUCUUGUUUAACUUGGCCAUUAGAAUGAAACUCAGAUUCUAGAAACAACCAGUUGUAUGAAGCCUUGGGGUUGGCGGAGGAGGAAAAGAGUAGAAGAAAAUGAAACAGAGGACCAGCAGGCAGGUGUGGGACACACAGCCGCACAGACUGAUCCUAACUGUAAACUAGAAGACAAGGCAGAAGAUGAAGAAGUGCUAGACUGUAAGAAAAGGCCAGAUGAAGGGGAGGAGUUAGAAGAAGAAGCUGUGCACAGCUGUGACAGCUGCCUCCAGGUGUUUGAGUCACUGAGUGAUAUCACAGAACACAAGAUUAAUCAAUGUCAACUGACAG